UGAUGAAAGGCAAGCGAGAUGUUUUUAUGCCACUUCCGGCUGCCAUCUUUGUUAGAAGUCAUGUUAGCCAUGUUAGUGUUAAGUCAAAAGCGUGGGUGAAAAAUUCCAACUUUGAACUACUUUCAUAGUUAAAAUACACAAUGUAGAAAAUAUAUUAGUUUGUGUUCCACAAGAAGAAUCUGCCUUCAAAAAUGGUCCCUCGCCUGUCCCUCUCUUUUCCGUGUUAGUUUCAAAAGGCAUCUUUAAUGCUGCCAGAGAGCGCGCUGUGAGGCAGCAAGAAGGCGAGGCGAGCGGAUUGCUAUCUUUGUGACAGCUUCUCUGCGUGGCAGGCGGCGUGUGAACCGGGGAACUGGACUGGACUGUGGUAUUUCGUGGAGGAGGUGGGAGAGGAGGAAGUGGAAGAGCAGGAGGGAGAGCUGAGAGGAAAUCUGGACAGAUGGAGGACGGCACCCAGCACCUGGGACACUGCAUGGUUGACAUGAAGGAGCUGAGCGCCGACCCUGAAGGACUGACCGCUGCCGGUGUUAUUCUAAUGCCCAAGCUGCCUCAGGUGGAAUUCAACCUCGCCUGUAAUGAUUUGGUGGCCUCGGGCAGAGACAGGAAGCCCAACGCUUUGGUCCAGGUGGCUGUCAUAGAUCCCCACAAGCAGCACGCCGUCUCUCUUGCCUGCACAGAGAUAGUGGAGGCGAACAAAGACCCACUGUUUCUGACGGGGGUGACCUUCCCUUCAGAGUAUCCCGCUAGCCCGGAGACACUAGUCCAGCUGACUGUGUAUGAUGCAAAGGACAAGAGCCAGGAAUCAAGCAGCUUCCUGGGUAGUGCAACAUUUUCAGUAGGCGAUCUGCUGAGGGCUAAAGAUGAACGCCUGACCUUGAGUCUCAGGUCAUCUGAUGGUGUGUGCGCAGCAGGAACAGUGGUGGUUAGUCGUCUGAAGAUGGGGGAGAUGGAAGAAGUUGACGUAGACCACAUCACCACUGACAUACCGUCACACAAGUGUCCCGUGGUUUGUGAGUCAGCAUCUCAUGCCUCCAUUGACAGAGAAAAUAAUCCACUGACAGGGCCAGUGUUCAAGAACCCAGUAUGCAAGGUGUACAGAUUUCAAACCGUGGACAGCAAGUGGAUGCUCGUGCGAGAACAAAUGGAGGAGUGCACGUUGUCCUUUAGCAUCCCCAAACAGCUGCUUUCGCUGUAUGUUCAGGAGGACAUGAGCAGGGUGCAGGACCUGAGGGAGCUGGGGGAGCUGUCUCCACACUGGGACAACUUGAGAAAAGAGGUGAUGGCACGAUACGCAGGAAUCAUCAGCUCCUACCAGGAGAAUUUGGCUGAACUGGACAAGAUUACUGGUCGUUCAUUCAAGCCAAGCUGCUGCAAAGCCCAGAAAUCUCUGGAGUUCAUCCCAAUAAACUUGCACACCCAAAGGAUGAGGGUGACGUGCCCCAGAAAGACAGAGAUCCUCAGAGGGCUCAGACACAGUGGUUCUAGGUCGUCACCCAGGCUGAAAGAUGCAUCCUAUGACGUUGUUACUGUCGGUGCCCCUGCAGCCCACUUCCAGGGCUUCAAGUGUGGUGGUCUGCAGCGUCUCCUCAGCAGAUAUGAAGCAGAGAAAAAGAGCUUCAGCACUGCCUACCAGUGUAUCUACUACUCUCCAGAGCACACAGCCAAAGCUCAGGAGGUGCUCAGCACCGUGAGCCGCCUCCAGCCCCUCAUCACAAGCUUAGCAGACCAGCUCCUCCAAGCUGCCCAGGAACACUCUUCCUCUGGACUGAGGGAUGCACUCAAGAGCCUUUCUGACAAGACAGAACAAUUUGUUCACACACUUAAGGAUGAAUUGGUCAAGAGUGCACUCCUAGCACUGCAUGCAGCACAGCCUGGGUAUGUUUCCAAGAACCAGAAGCAAACCCCGGUGCAGGGAGGCCAACAUCCAGGCCACAUCCAUCAGGACAGCGACCAGAAUCAGAGCCCAGUCCAGGGACUUGCGAGCCACAGUCCGGCCACGUCGGUCUCUGAGAGCACAGCAGUGUGUAAUAAUGUGGAGGCAUCACAGACCACGACUAGAGGAGAAGGUGGGCCGCUGAAGCACCAAGACUCCAUACCGCACCAUAAAGAGUACGACGAGGAAGAAUGGGACAGGGUGUGGGCCAACGUCGCCAAAUGUCUCAACUGUGUAAUCGCCAUGGUGGAUAAACUCCAGGAGGAGGACAGCAGCACGCAGGAGCCAAUCCCCGAGCAGCAGCUAGCUGAUGUCAUCACCUCACACAACCCCGGAGACUGGAGGGAGCAACUGCGUCCGCCGGUGACAUGGUUAAAGGAGUGUGUGAUGGAGGUGGUGGAGAAGGCCAAGAGAGCUAUGACCUUUGUGCUCCUGCAGGAGGCAGCCUGCAGCAUUCCACAGGGUUUCCUCCUCCAGCAGAGACGAGAUGUGGUCUUCAGUCAGGCACUGGCAGCCUUAGCCUGUGGUUUUGUCAUGAGGCUCUAUGCAGGAAUGCAGGACAAAGAGUUCCUGAGGCAGCUCCACCUGGUUGGUCUGGUGGCCCAGUUUGAGAGCCUUCUCAGCACCUACAGUGAAGAGAUUGGGAUGCUGGAGGACAUGGAGGUUGGAAUCUCAGACCUGCAGAGAGUCAUGUUUCAGAUCACGGAGGCCAAGACGGAUGACCUCAGUGACCUCCAGCCUUUAGUACGUGGCCAACGAGACCACUUCACUGUAGAAGUGCCAUUACCAACACUGGUUUUCCAGACCUUGCCAGAGGAGAUCAAGGAGGGCAAGCCUCUACGAGUAUUCCCAGUGCUGUUUAACGUGGGCAUCAAUGAACAGCAGACUAUAGCUGAGAGGUUUGGAGAUAUCUCUCUGCAAGAGAGAAUAAACCAGAAGAACUUUGAGAUGUUAGAAGCCUAUUAUAAAUCUUUAAGUGAAAAGCUGUCGUUAGAAUGUCUACCGUGUUUUCAUGCACAGUCUGACAUAAAGGAGUUACUUGAAACCCUGGGCCAGAAUGUAGUUACAAAGAAGAGAAAGAAUGUGGAGAUACUGUGGAUUGCUGGAAUGAUCUGCCGAAGGUUAAAUGGCAUCAGGUUUACCAGCUGUAAAAGUGCCAAAGACCGGACAUCCAUGUCUGUCACAUUGGAGCAGUGUGCCCUCCUACGUGACGAACACCAGCUCAGCAAGGAUUACUUCAUCCGUGCUCUGGACUGUAUGAGGAGAGAAGGAUGUCGGAUUGAGAACGUUCAAAAGAAUAUUAGAUGCAGGAAAUAUGCCUUCAACAUGCUGCAGCUGAUGGCCUUUCCAAAGUGCUACCGACCACCAGAGGGGACUUACGGAAAAGUUGACUCUUGAGGACACAAGCCAUGCACUGCAAAGCCUCUCGUUGUCUGUCAAUAUGAAAGCUUACAGAUAAUUGUGAAAAAGUGUUAAAUGUUUUAUUAUAUGUAACCAAAAAGAAAAACUUGCUGGAUGGUAUAUGUUUGUUGUUCUAAUUUUUUUUUGGUUGUUUUUAUGUGAGCUGGAUUUGCCAAAUGUAUUAUUUGUCAAUUUAAUGCACUUUUUUUUUGUUUUUUUAAAUUUCCUCUUGGAUGGCCUAUGCAGUGAGAAACUGUACAGGUGUGUGGGCAAACCAUCUGCAGAAAACCUCUGUAUGUGACUGUACAGCAUGUUGCAGACCUCAGGCAGUUCAGUCUACAAAUUUGCAUUUCUUUGUCAGAAGAAUUCCCCUGGCAGAAAUUAAACUUUAUCAAAAGUGUGAUAAAAAUAACUUGAAGCUCUUAUUACUUUUUCUCAACUAUCUCAGAGAUGAUGACGUCUCAGCUGAUGCAGUUAAAAGGUUAAAAGAAAGGCUAGUUUAGUUUUUGUUUUUUUUUGGCAUCUCUUCUGUUCUCAAAGUGAAGAAUGAGCUUCCAUGUCACAGUGUUUUUGUGGUAUAAUUACUGCUCUCACCUGUUCUGAGCUUUACAGGAUGAAAAGUGCCAAACCUGAAGGUAUGUGCUGCUCCCCAAGUUUCUGCAUUUGAUCUGUACAUUUUUUUUUAUGAUAUCACACAUCCUGAUCCGAACUUUUUGUUUGUUUGUUUGUUUUUUUACUGUUGUACAUGUAUUUUCAUUCAUUUGGACCAAAGUGUCCCCAUGGAUGUUAAGUAACAUGCCAGUAUUUCAUAACACGUAUUGAAUCAAGUUGAUAAUUCAUCCCAUUCUCUUAACGUUUGCACCUGAACUUUUUCCACAGUAUUUUUAUAUCUCGAGGUACAAGCCACUGAAACCACAUGAAACACAUGUAGAAAUUAAAAUAGGAUGAUGAUGAUAUUGGACCAUAAUUUCUUGAUGCUCUAUAAAAAACUCCAUUAUUUAUUUUUAUAUUCUAUAAAGAUUUUAUAUUCAAAGGGUUGAUACCUUGGACUUUAUCGCAUGUUUUAAAUGUAUUUUUGUGUUAUAAAUUGGACAUUUACAACUGGCUAUUUGAAAUUGAAUUAAAGAAUGGUUUAAUGUGGA